AUGACGACCGACGACGCGCCCGCUCCCGAGGAACCGCUCACGACGACCGCGGAGAAAGAGGCGUGGCUCCGCGAGCGAGGCGUCGAGAUCGAGUCCGCCGCCGAUCGCGCGUCCAAGGCCGCCGCGCGGAAUCAGAAGAAGCCCGCGACGACGACGACCAUCGACGGCGCGUCUUCCGCGUCCGCGCACACGCGCGCGUUCACGUACGUCCUGAUCCCCGCGGACGACGCGAAGCCGUUCGAGGAGCGCGUCGCGAUCGUCGACGCGGACGCGCCCCCCAGCGACGCGCUCGUCGAGAUCCUCCGCCCCGUCUUCGCGGGCGGCGGCGGCAUCGACGCGCGCGCCGCGCGCGAGCAAGCCGUGCGCCAGUUCGGCGAGAAGGGCGCGGCGGUCACCGCGGCGGCGCUGGAAAACGUCGCCGCCGACGGCGCGACGGAGACGUUCGCGCUCGUCCGCCCGUCGGACGCCAACGGCGAGCGCGGCGUGUCGCUGUACCUGGACGAGGUCGGGCUGCUGAAGGGGUCACCGCACAACGCGCGCGCGUCGGCGUUGGCGAGGGCGUGCGGGUACGACGACGUCGACAUCCGCGGCGACGUCUUCGCGGGCGCGAUCGGUAUCACGCGCGACGGCGAGCGCGUCAGCGCGGACUUCAGGGUUAGCGAGCUCGACGGCGACGCGGCGUGGCUCAAGGCGGCGAAGGCGGAGAACUACGAGCACGGGAUGAAGAUGAAGAAGUUCCAGGAGUCGCUGGGCGACCGCGCCGGUGGACUCGUCUCCGGCGGGAUCGAUAUGACGGGCGGCGGCGGGAAUGGCGGCGGGAUGCCCGGCGGUCCCGGCGUGGAUAUGAACGGCAACGCGUUCGCGUGGUGUCAGACCGACGACGAGGUCGAGAUCAUGGUCGACGUCGACGCGGAUAUCGUCGCGAAGGACGUGGUCGUCACGUUCCGGCCCGACGGGUUCGCGGUGCGCGCGAGAGACGAGGUUAUGCUCGCGGUGCCGUCGUUGUUUCGAAAGACGCGGCCGGACGAGUGCACGUGGACGCUCGAGCGGGGCGGCGGCGGUGAGGGCGGCGAGGGGGAGGGCGCGCGAGGACGCGUCGUCGCGACGUUGGCGAAAAUGGACGAGGAGGUGUGGGACGCGCUGAAGUCGGUGUGA